UUAGUAACAACCUCCAAGCUUCCUCCUACCUGUAAAACCCUAGAGGUAGCAACAAUGGUGUCGCUGAAGCUCCAGAAGCGGCUUUCUGCCAGUGUCCUCAAGUGCGGCCAAGGAAAGGUCUGGCUCGAUCCUAAUGAGGUCAGCGAGAUCUCCAUGGCCAACUCCAGGCAAAACAUCAGGAAAUUGGUUAAGGAUGGGUUCAUCAUCAGGAAACCAACAAAGAUCCAUUCCCGUUCUCGUGCUCGGAGAAUGAAAGAGGCUAAGAGGAAGGGUCGUCACUCUGGUUAUGGUAAGCGCAAGGGUACCAGGGAGGCAAGGCUGCCCACCAAAAUCCUCUGGAUGAGGAGAAUGCGAGUAUUGAGGCGCUUGCUCCGUAAGUACCGAGAGUCCAAGAAAAUUGACAAGCACAUGUACCAUGACAUGUACAUGAGGGUGAAAGGUAACGUCUUCAAGAACAAGCGUGUGCUGAUGGAGAGUAUCCACAAGUCAAAGGCCGAGAAGGCAAGAGAAAAGACUCUGGCUGACCAGUUUGAGGCCAAGCGUGCGAAGAACAAGGCUAGCAGAGAGAGGAAGCAUGCUCGCCGUGAAGAACGAUUGGCACAGGGACCUGUAGAGAAGGCAGCACCAGCAGUUGCACCCCAACAGUCUGAGGGAGGUGCGAAGAAAGCAAAGAAGUGAGUAUUGACAGAAGAAAGCAAAGAAGUGAGAAGCGGCAGGCCUUUGCCCCGAGCACUGAAGAACCAGAACUCUAGACAUUAUUGCUCCUAAGUGUUAUUUCCAUAUACAAGUUCUAUUUUGUGAGCUACUUUAAUGUAUUGUUGUUGCAAAUUUUCCGAUCUAAGCCGUAUAACUUUUUGAGAUCCAGUAGUACAUUUUCUUGAAUGUUGAAUGCUGUGUUGGUAACGUUGUUGAAUAUAUCAGUCUGUAUGUUAAUGCUAAAUGUGAGAAUGCAGUUUGAUUGAGAA